AUGAAGCAGGCAACAAUACCCACUGAUAAGAAAAGACCGGGUAAUUCUCGAUUUCUCUUUCUCUGGCCACGAUUCUUGAAACCUACCGCCUUUUUUUUAAGCUGUCGUCUCCGGCUUGAAGUGAAUGAAAGUUCGAAAGAGGUGGAUGAACAUAUUUCGUUACAAUCCGAUAAUGAGUAUAUUGUGAACAGUGUCAACUUGGUGGAGGAUAGAGUAGUAGGAGUAGAUGGAGUGGAUGAUGAGAUAUUAGGAGUUGAUGGAGUGGAUGAUGGGAUUGUGGGAGUAGAUGGUGCAACAGUGCCCAAGGUUGGUAUGAAGUUCAACGACGAAAAAGAUAUAUAUGAUUUUUACAAAAGAUAUGUGUACAACGUAGGCUUCCCAGUUGGAAAAAGGAAUUCGCAAAAGGAUGAUUAUGGAGUUGUGAAGUAUGUUGUGUUCACAUGUAGAAAUAGUAAUGCAACUGGUUCUUUGAAGCCGCACGCUACCAUUCAGACGGGUUGCAAAGCAAGAAUUACUGCUUCUUUAGAUGCAUGUGGAAUAUGGAAAAUAAACACAGUCAAUCUCAAUCACAAUCAUAAAACAAGUCCUUCCAAGUCAAAGUUGUAUCGUUGCAACCGAGAGUUGAGUUCCCAUGUCAAACGACGACUUGAAGUGAAUGAUAUGAUAGGGAUUCCGCUGCAUAAAAGUUACCAUGCUGCAGUUGUAAAAGCGGGUAGGUAUGAGAACUUGACUUGCAUAGAAAAGGAUCGUCGAAACUAUGUUGAACAAGUUAGGCGGUUACGACUUGGAGACGGAGAUGCCGCAGCAAUACAAACCUACUUUUCGAAAAUGCAAGGAAGGAGUAGGCAAGCAUAUAAGGAGUUCGACGAUGUUGUAACAUUUGAUACCACGUACCUAACUAACAAGUACGACAUGUCAUUCGCACCUUUUGUUGGGAUUAAUCAUCACGGAAUGCUACUUGAUUGUGGUUUGGUGUCCAAUGAAAGUACGAAAACAUUUGUGUGGUUGUUCAGGACUUGGCUUCAGUGCAUGCAUGGCCAAGCUCCUAAGAGAAUUACCACCGAUCAAGAUAAGGCCAUACAAAACGCAAUUCAGAUCGUUUUUCCGAACACUCGGCAUAGGUGGUGUUUGUGGCAUAUAUUGAAGAUGUUGCCAGAGAAGUAUGGAUACCACACCAAUAAGGGUGUGAUUUUCUCUACUCUACAUGUGUUGGUGUAUGAUUCUCAAAUCGGUGAAGAGUUCGAAGAGGGUUGGGAAGCGAUGAUCAAUAACUUUAACCUGCAUGAUGAUGACUGGUUAUCUAGAUUAUACGCGAACAGAGGUCGUUGGGUACCUUGUUAUUUGAAAAACACAUUCUGGCCUGGAAUGUCGACGACUCAGGGCCAUGAGAGCAUGAAUGCGUUUUUCGAUGGAUACUUUAUACGAUCUCAAAAUCUAGGGAAGUACAAGAGGAAUUUGUUGGGAAGGUUUACUGCGAGGUUUCUUCGUCGGAGGGCUGCUUGGGGACUACAUAGGAAGUAUGGAAGGAUGUCAUACGUGACGACUGGGUUGACAAGAAGAAGUCCUGUGUCACAUUUCAGAAAGAGAAUUGUGAAGUUACGUGCAAUCACUGUAUUGCUCUGUAACAACGUGAAGUCAUUGCCUAACACCUACGUAUUACGGAGGUGGAGGAAAGACGUCGUCAGAGCUCACAGAAGGGUUGCAGUUAACUAUGAUGGUUUAAGUAGCACCCCGACACAAUUAAGAUAUGACAAGAUGUGUCAAUCAUUUGCUAGGCUUGUGAACAUAACUGCAGAUGAUGAGAAUGAAGUCCGAUCGAUACUGGAGUAG